CUGUUCCUAAUCCUUGGGCAACAUUAUCUUCUGCUGGAAGCAGCGAGAGUAGCUGCGCAGCGACGUCGCUGACUUCUGUGGGAGGUGGUGUGAUAAAAGACGGUGCGCCAGCUGCUCCUCCUACGCCCGUAGUACAACAACAACCUGCUCCAGCACAUCAGCAGCGGUCGAUCUAUGAUUACUUCUCCUUCGAUCUUUCGCGCCAGAAUUGUCUCGAAGAGCAUGCUCCGUCCAGUUUCCACUCCAGUUCUUCCGAAACCGAACACAGCAGCGUGGUGCCUCCGGCGGGGGACCAUCUACAACUUCAACGUAGUUGUGGCCAACCCCAACCAGCAUACGUCUCGGCGAGGUCCAGUUUACGCACGCAAUGCAACGAACAGCAGACCACGUCGAUGAACACUUCUGUAGGUGAUCUUGCAGCAGGAGCUCCUGCGGAGGAAGGUCACACAGCUACAGCUGCGAGGACUACAGCUACGGCCGAGUUCACUUCUGCGCGUGACCCCACGGCAGGUUCUUUGGCAGUAGAAGGUGGGCGCGACACGCCGCAGCAGGAGCUCCUUGGCGCCGGCGCGAUGAAAAAUAGCUUGUUCCCAAAUAUGGUUUUUGCUAGUUCUUGUAAGACGAAGACCAAAGGCCCUCCGCCCGGUUUGUCGCUGACUACGGCAUCUGACGAAGAUCCUGCUGCGGUUGAAGCGGUAGAUCCAGUGGCAGAAGAGCAGGAGCUGCGCCAUGAUCUUCAUCACGAUACUAGUACCGUGGCGACUCGAAAAAUCACAGCAGGAGCAUCAACCGAGGAGGAUGCUGACCACGUUACGCCCGUUCGCAAAUGGAGUAAGUUGUCCGCCGCAGCGCCGGAAUUUGUGCCGGCUUCCUCCAGCUCCCGGCAUUCGAAAGCGUCCAUACCGGAGCUCGACCGCUUUCGAGCUUCCUUCGGCGACAGCACAGGAAAAGAACACAUUUUGCUCGAACAUCAAACGCAGAGCCUCAACAAUGUUGGGGGUUCUAGCAGUACAACGUCUUGUGCGACGUCGGCGCCGCCAGAGGCGGCUCUUGCGGGCACCGCCGGAGCAGGAGGUAAGUCGAGUUGUACUAUGACGAAUACUGCUGGCCUGACGUUCAAUAACAUCCAAAAUGCGCAACACAGUGCCGAGCUCGCGGAGCGGAUCAAAAUCGCCAUUGGCAGUAAGGCCCCGCAGGACGCCCACAUCCUCGCAGAAACUUUCAUUCGCGACGACGAGGACGGUAGGCUGCUGCGGGCGUUCCUGCACGAAGAAGUGCGGUCUUACUACAAAAAGGAACUAGUAGUAGAGACAUCAAAUCAAAAUCAUGUUGACCUUGACCCCACUUCGACGAGUGCGCAAAUGACUGCAGCGAACCCGAAGAACCAGCAACAGUCUCUCCUGCAAAAAAUGCUGCAAACUAACUCUAGCGCUGGAACAUCAAGAACGUCGACCACGGCGACACCUGAUUCCGAAGGACCGAUUUUGCCCGUCCCCGAUUCGGUUUUCAAUGCCUUGGUGAAGAAAAUCGCACCGCAACGUCCCUCGUGUCUGUUCGACCGGUUGUUUCCGCACGUUCUCUUGGAAAUCUUGGACCUCCGGGAGGGCUGCUUUGCCGUGAAAAUGACGAAGCGGCAGAAGAAGAUCCUCUCCGAAGUGAAGGCCACGAAUCGCGUUCCCUCGCUAAACACGCGACUGAUUUCCGUCGUGGGGGUCGACCGCGUCGGCAGCUGCGUGCGCGGCACCGACAUCUCCACGUCCGAUGUGGACUUCCGGAUCCGCUACGAAGUCAACCCCUCGCACCUACCAAAUCAGAACUGGUACGUACAACCUGGGAGCACGCCGCACCUGCAGUUGCUAGAACGGAUCCGGAAGAUGCUUGAUAAGGUACGACAUAUUUUUUUUGUUAGUUCGGCGGUUAUGAAAAAGAAGUUUCGGUUUAUUUGUUGUCGGCAGCCACGAAUCGGAAUCUAAAUCAGCAACAUCAAAAGCCUAGUACCCCUCAACGCCUAAGUGCCAACAAUUUUGAACCCAGGCUCUGAAGCAUACCACGUUGGACAGCGUGUGCAAUUUGGUGUGGAAAUCCGACGCCUGCCUGCAAGUGAGCUUUCCGAAAGUACACAUGCACACGGAGGCCACCGUGCAGCAGCGGAUUGCGCAGCCCAGCCGAAGCAAGCAUUUGGUCUAUGAUGUGUGGUUUGUACCUACCAACCUCCCACCGGAGCCGGACCCAGCGGCACCCGGCACCGCGGAGGGUGUGGGAGCUGCAGAGGACCACCAGGCCGCGUCAAUCGGUGCCUCCGCGAAGGCGAAACCUGCUGCCAAGCGCAAACAGAAGAAAACCGGAAAAGCCGCCGCCGAGGCACAGGUGGCCCGCGCGGACCGGGUUGGUGGAGACAAUAACACCAGCCUUGGCAUGCAGGUGCUCGCCACUUUGCAGGCCCAGCCCGCCGCGGCGCUGCUGGACCCCUACCAACAAGUGGCUGCUGCUGCGGCCAGUUACUACGGCGGCGGGCAUUUCCCCACCCUGAUUGGAAAACCGGCCAGGGGAUUCGACAAUUGCAUGGACGAAUACAACCAUCGUCCCGACGAAUCUCCGCUCCCGACCGUGCAAGGCCUUGAGUUGCUGGAGCAGGGGCUGACCAGCUUUUUCCUGCACAAGGAGCCCUACCGCCACGUGGUCCGUCUGAUCAAGUGGCAAUUUCAGGAAUUUCUCGCGGCGCGAGCGCCCGUGACGAGUUGUGGGGAAAUAAAUCAAAAUGGAGGGCCGCGACACACGAGGGGAACCAGAACUACUGGUGGGCCAGCGACUUCGGAAGUGGAUGUGGAGAAUCAGCAAUCUGACCAAGACUGCCGGAGCCGUCGCGGGCUCCCGGGAUUGUAUGUCGAAUGCGCGGUCUACAGUGUAGUCAUGAUGCUCGGCGAGCAGGAUUGGCUGAAGCACAACCAAGAAGUUCUGGAACAUGCAAAGAAAGCGGACUCGGAGUCUUACGCAGCUGCAAAUAGGACGACACCAGUGAACAAGCUGAAUGGAAAGGAUCAAGGCAGCAAAAAGACCGCGAACAACAGCUCUACUUCCAGCGAAAAUUAUUCGAGAGGUUCGCCCGAGAGGGCCGCCGCGGCCCCAAAGCAGGAAGAGCCAAGAACGUCCCUGGUUUUGGUCGAACGUGCGCCGAUUUUUGCGCAAUCGUACGAGGACGUUGCGUAUCAAAUGCAAAAAUGUCUGGGUCUGGAAGAGUGUAGACUUGUCAUGCAGAUUUUCCAUGAAGCGCGAGGUCUGGAAUGCGGGACCUAGCAUGACAGACUCUGCGAGGUCUCUGCCAUGCCUAUUCUGCAUGAGAAACUCCGUUCCAACUUGGUCAAAAGUGGAGCUUUUGGCACUCAUGCAACACAGAUUUUUGCAUGCUUCAGAUUUACCAUGACAAGCUGCAAUCUUCCAGACCCAGACACUUUUGCAAUUCAUAUUGCGUGGGCCCCGCGGGGACCGUUGCCGAAACUGGGGGAACUGAAUUUUUAUCAAGAUAGUUUGCUGAAGACCAAGGAAGACCAAAACCGCAGCUACGAGGUCUUAUUCGAAAAGUUCGUCGCGAAAGAAGUUGGGCUAGGCACGACGAUGUUGCCUUUUCCAGGAGAACAGCAGCUGCAGCCGCACAGAUCGUCCGACAACGGUGGCACAACUAGAACAACCCCGAUGCAAACUACGGACACUAGGAACGAUCGAAAAGAGAAAGGCCCUGCUGGUGCCUCAUCAAACAAGAAUCUUCAUGAUGACCAGCGCGGUAAUGAUAUUAGCCAUCUGAAGACGCUGCAAAUAAAUAACUUCACCACCGACCACCAAAAACCCGGCACGAGCGGUUGCCUUCCUCCCGCCCACCCCCCACCGCCACCUCCUAAUGCAGGCAACUACAACGUGAACGUGGUGGACGUGGACCAGAGCAGCUCCACCUCUUGCCCGAAUCGCGGUCCGCCGCAAAGACCCGCACCCAUUAUGAAGCUCUCACCCGAACGGCAAAAACUGCACCAGAAUGUCGCAGGAGACUGGAUCGGAACCGUUCCCGACCGGGAAGUCAAGCCAGAAACGAGACUAGCGCAAACUACUUCAGUACAAUCACAGCUGCAGACCGGCGCAAUUCAUCCUGGGGGAGGACCAGGACCAACCGCUGGAGAACAACAAGUUGACAACUCACACUCAGCGGCACGACCUCACAGCAACAGCACAACUCAAGUUGUGAAAAAACGACAGAAAAUCAAGAUAAUUGAUCCUCCCUCCGCCUUUCGUGUGUACUUGCUGACUUUGUUGUAUGGGAGUGUCGGGAUUGAAAUCGACAAAGUUGAAAUAAUUUGCAAUGCAUAAAAUGGAUGAAAAUUGUGACCCAGUUUCCAAGUGGCGCAUGACAAAUUCGGGUAGAGCCGAAAUCCAGUCUGUCAUGCUGUUUGGGUAAGGAAGACGCCUUUUGUCAUGCUACUUUAGUAGCUCAGUUCCUCCCCCUUAAUAACAGGCUUGCAAUCUGCCUCACUUGCCUACUCUGCAAGACAGGCACUUUGUGGGCUGCAUUUUAUGCAUGACAAACUACUUAUUUCAACUCUGACAAUUUCAAUCCUUACACUCCCAUAUGUUGCUGAUCGGCGGCGGGAUGCACGUCGAGGAGGACUUUGUUGAGGACAGCGGGGAGUCGAGGUACACAUUUGAAGCGAAAAGUACACCACUUGGGAGUUUGCUCCUGGCGUUCAUCGACAUGCACGCUAGCUCUCCGGUCUGGAAACUCGCCAAUGAAGAGGAAGGAAUGUGGGCGGUAUCCGUAUCUAUGACGCGCAGUUUUUUGCUUUUUUUCUCGUAGUUUCCCUUUUGAUUACUUAGUUCCACGCGAUCAACUUUUUUUGGCGCAGUGUCAGCACGACCCUACGCUUACAUCUUUACGUUUCUCGUUCUCGUCCUCUAGGUUGUAACCACGAACAUUAAAAAAUCAGGUAAGCUAUGAAGUUGCGCAGAUGCUCCGCGACGUGACUCGCAACCUGCACGAGUUCACGGGCUACAACACGGACCACCCGCCGCAGACCAUUCGCCAGCGGCUGGGGGACCUGGCCCGGAGUCCGAGUCUGGAGUGUUGGCGCACGGAGAUUUGCGGGCCGCUGCUGUCCCAGCUUUCCACAGACGAGUCGCUGCGGCUGCUGUACCAGCAGUUCGGCGUUUUGUCCCCCGACGCGGUAGUCCAAAUCGAGGACGAGGUUCGGUCGCUGUUCCGCACGGUGUUGGACUUCUUCUACGACAAAAACUGCCUCGUGCGGAUCUUCGGAUCGGUGGAAAACGCGACCGCAACACGGGGGUCGGACGUGGACUGCGGGUUUGUGCUGUCCAAGGAAAUGUACCAGAAGUACCUGCAUCGGGUGCAGGUGGAACGAAAAAACGCAUUGGCUUCCGGGGACUCGUCACUGCUUUCUGAAUGUACUAUUACGUGCACAUUACGGAUUUUUAUGCGACUGUUCAUUUUUGUUGUGGCAUAUUGAAGAUUUUUGUAUAAAAACGACAUGAUACGUUUGUACACGGUCUGUUAUGGAUGCUUUUACUACUUUUAUCCUUCUUUUUAUUUUAAAAACAAAAUCCUAUCAGCCGGCCUGGCCCGCCUGGUAAAGUGCGAAGCGUUGCAGGACCUGCAAAAGUUCAUGCAGAAGUUGGACAGCGACGGCAAGAUGCUGGAUCUGGAACUCGUGCUGCAAGCCCGCGUCCCGAUUGUGAAGUGCCAGAUCCACGAGAGCAUCCGGAAAACGCUCCCCUGCAUGCUCGCGCACGGGAUCAGCGGCUUUGACAUCUCCGUUCUGGUAGAAAACGAGUUUUUCGUCCUGCAGAACUCCGCUCUGGUCCGUUCGGUUCUGCUUGCGGACGAGCGGUACCGCAUUUUGGCGGUAUUAGUGAAAAAGUACGCCAAAGCGGCCCAGAUCUGCUCCGCGUACGAGGGAACCUUGAGCAGCUACUCGUACGCAUUACUGGUGUUGCACUUCCUGCACUGUCGGGAAAAGCAGGAACAAGCGGAUUGUAACUAUUUGUUGUCAACAUCUUGUUCCUCACCUUCGGAGCUGCAAUUUGGCACCUGUAGUUCUUCGUCAUCUACGACACCGAGGAAAAUCGCCUCGGUUAUCGCUCCAGACCAGGAUUUGUUCUACGCAGGAACAGGUGGAACUAAUUUCCCCAGUCCCCCGGCGGCGCCCAAUACAGAUGCAGUUAGUACUGCUAGUUGUACAACCAGUCAGCAACAGCAAACUGUUGUGGAAAAGGCUCUACUGCGAUUAUCCGAGAACAGCAUGUCUUACGAAACACUCGCGACGCUCCGCACUGGAUCAGCGCCACCGAAGGUGCACGUGACCGAUUUGUUGGACGACGAGGACGGCUUCCUCGCUGGUAAAAUGAAGCACAGCAACUACCAAAGCAACUCGGCGUCGAAAUUGACAAACGCGAGUUCUUGCGGGGUACCAACAACCAUCGUAGACGCUAGUAUAGCUGGAAGUUGUACAACUGGCAACAUCGAUGAUUAUUGCCACGGAUCCGACCCGUCUGUGUCGGCGAACUCUUCGCGAAAUGGUUCGAAAGCGAGCGGGACCAUGCAGAAUUCCCUGACCUGUUCCACCACAGCGACGAAAAGUUCCACGAUGUCUAGUACUAACACUCUACCCUCGUGGUUGCAGGGGAACCUGAGUGCGGCGCGCUCCUUGGUGAUCAACGAUAAUAUUACCGGGGACGAUGUUAAUAUAAUCGGCGCAAACAGCAAUAGUAGUUCGUCUACGGCGGGCAUCUUCAACCACCUACAGCUACACCACGCUGCUUCCUCUCCAGUAGGAGCGGGAACGGGAGGACGAGAAAUGUGUAGUAGAGCGGCUACAAAGCACACAAACGGGGACCACAAUACCGGGCAAAACGAAGCAGGCGUCUGCGGUCCAAGUUCUCCAAACGAGAAGAUGUUGCACCACCAGCUUCCAAAGCGGCCAAGUGCGAAAAUCACGAAUCUCGAGACGCUGAACAAAUCCGUCACGGUGGAACAGUUGUUCACCGAGUUAUGUUGAGAGUGCACAACUACAACCUCUCCGCCUCAUUUGUGAUGCAAAAUCCCAAAUCCAAAUCGAGUUGUGUUGGGCCCUUGUGGCGCGGUUUGCAUUUACACACUCCGGACGAGGCUUCCCAAGGAAGCAGUACUAGAAUCUGCGCAUGAAGAACAAGAACAUGUCAUGUUCAGGCUCCACAACUACAUGUGCAGGUUUUUGUAUUGCAUUGCUGCUCAUGCCAACAUACAAAUGAGGGGCACGAGGGGAUGAAGUUUUGCACUGUCAUACGAGUUUCUCGAGUACUACACGACCCUGGACUACAAAAACAAAGUGAUCGGCGUGACCGGCAUUCGGAACCGCCGUCCGGAGGACGGCACGCGGUUUCAUUUUUUGAUCGAAGACCCCUUUGAGCCGGCGAUCCUGGAAAACCCCCGCGCGGGGAGACGGUUGCUCGGCAUGAUGGACGGCUCCACGUUUGAGCACACGGGGAACAAUCGGGUUCCGGGCUACCCGCGCUUUCUCGACGCUUUGCUGCGGGCGAAAAUGCACCUGCUCCACUGCGCCAAGGCGAAGGAGGCGAGGCGGGAAGCGGAACUGGGGCAGGCCCUGCGGGAAGAGGAUAGUAAGGGCACGAAGAAAUCAUCAUCAUCCUCCGGAGGAAUAACCGGAAGUGCGAACUUGUUUUCGGCUGAAGUAUCAAACGGCGGCACGACGAACAUGAACCACGGUAGUCCUACUUUUGUUGACCCAGCACAGUUCCAGUUAUCUGCCAUGGACGCUUCGGUGCUUACGAUGUUUCACUUGUGAGAACAACCUCCGAAAGGGGGAGCUCGUAGCUGUGCUUCGCCGCUGCACAUGUUGAUCAAGACAUCGUCGCAUUGAAUGCGAACAACAAGGACAUUAAAAACUUGAUGUCGGUUUUAUUUCCUUGCACGAGGAAAAAGACCUGAUCGGAUAAAAAUUUCAAGAUCAAAGCUAUGAAUGCUGUAAGAACGACCACGUGCGUAGAAACACAACUCGAUAAUUUUCGUCAUUUGUAUCUAUCUGUAAUGCUCGAUAAUUUUUCCUUCGAACGAUGAACGCUGUAUUCGUACGAAGAAAAACGUAGAGGAGGAUGUAACCACUUGCUUUGGUCGUGGUGAACCUCCUUUUUGUUUUUCCAGAUUUUGUAAGUCAUCAGAUCACGAUAAACUUGAACUUCAAUUUUUUUUUGUUCUCCCAGCGAGGACAUUCAACUAAAGAAUUUGAACGCGACGGAACCCGCCUCUACUCAUUUUCAACUAUUACAUGAUUGAUUUCUUUUCUUUUUCACUUCUCUUCCCGAACGACCAGCACUUUGUCUACUAGUACUUCGAGGUAGCUAGCACGGAUGAACUACUAUUCUUGAUAAGUACUGCUCAUAAGAACUUACCCCGUUUUUAUAUCAUCAUUUCGUCCUGUUUUAGUUUUUCUUUUUCGUUUUCGGUCAACAGAUUGUCACUGGCCGUACCAGCGUCAACAGGUAUCAUGGUGUUAUCUCCGAUGAGGUUUCUUCAAGCUCUCAUUCGAUUUUGUCGUGUCUAGUAGGUCUACAAAUUAUUGUAGGCAGUAUUGCUGCAGCAGAAGUCUCCGACUCUUUACAACGAGGAAAACCAAAAAAAUCUAGAGCGACAGCAAAGAGCGCCGGAAUUCGUUCCACGAAUCCGUUUCGAAUCGCUCGCUGUGGUGUAGUUGCCUCAAGAUGAAGUGCUGCUAUUCUACAUGCUGUCAUAAAAAAACCCAGGAAAUAAUUUUCAGCGACAAGAACACAUACCGAGCAAAAAAUCAAAAGACAUGAAAAACAGCAGACAUGGUAUUGCACCAAACUCGUGAU